AUGAAAGGAAAGUGCAUCAAAAAGAACGAUUCACCACUUACACAAUUAGAAAAGGAUGUCGAGAGAUGCUUCCAAGACAUCGAAUCAUCAAGUAAUGACGAGGAGUUGAAAGCAAUAGUUCAAUCAGUAGUUUUCUCAACUGCAAAGGAAAUUGAUUGUGGUUCAAGAAAGGCAGUUGCAGUAUUCGUUCCAUAUGCAAUCUUCAUGGCAUAUGUACGUAAGAUUCAAGGUCGUAUCAUUGCUGAAUUGGAGAAAAAACUUAAAUGCCCAGUUGUUAUGAUUGGCCAGAGAUCCAUCUUACCAAGGAACUAUCGUAAAUAUGGUUUUAAGUCAAGACCAAGAUCAAGAACCCUCACUGCUGUGCAUGAUGCAUUAUUGGAGGAUAUUUGCGGACCAAGCGAUAUUGUUGGUAAGCGUCUUAGAUACCGUGUCGAUGGCAGCACUUUAUUAAAAGUAAUCCUCGACCCUAAAGAUAAGGAUAAGGAUAUUGCCGAUAAGGUUGAUGUUUUUGGUGCAGUCUACAAAAGACUCACUAACAAGGAAGCUGAAUUCUCCUUCCCAGCUACAAACUACUAUCCAGGUAGAUUAGGAAUUAUAGCUUAA